CCCCCCCCCUCUCUCUCUCUCUCUCUCUCUCUCACACACACACACACACACACACGCAAACAUCUGAUCUAUGGCUCCAAAGAAUGAAGGGUCAGCUAAAAAAGUGUUUAACAAAGGAGCAUGGACAGCUGAGGAAGAUCAAAAACUAGCACAGUACAUUGAAAUCCAUGGGGCAAAGAAGUGGAAAACAGUAGCAAUCAAAUCAGACUUAAACCGGUGUGGGAAGAGCUGUAGAUUGAGAUGGUUGAAUUAUCUCAGACCUAACAUCAAGAGAGGCAACAUUUCUGAUGAAGAAGAGGACUUAAUACUCAGACUUCACAAGCUACUAGGAAACAGGUGGUCUCUGAUAGCUGGGAGGCUUCCAGGUCGAACUGACAACGAAAUAAAGAAUUACUGGAAUUCCCAUUUGAGCAAGAAAAUAAAUCGAAAAGAGAAAACACCAGUAACUUCGACGUCACAAGAGACUGCACCUGCGAAAAAUGUGGCCACCAUUGAGGCGGAGAAAGAAGCUAGCACCACCGGGAGUGGAGACGAGGGGGUUAGCUUUGAUGUGAACGAAUUCUUCGAUUUCUCUAGCGAAGGCACCUAUGGGUUGGAGUGGGUGAACAAGUUUCUUGAACUCGAUGAGGAUCCGUGGAUUACUGAGAAUAAUGUGACGUUUGUGUAAAUUGUAGUGAGUGAGUGAGUGCCUAGCUUAGAGAAACUAAUGCUGUAAAUUUUGAAUUCAUUGCUUUGAUCAAUAAACUAAGUGAUCUUGACUUGCUCAAUA